AUGCAGUAUGUUGCCGAGCCCUCCUCCAUCCGCGUUUAUUACCGCGGAAACAAGUACGAUGUUCCGCUGGAGUUUGCAACUCGCAUGCAUCCAGGUGGCAGCAGCAUUCUGAUGCGGUAUAAGGACUGCGACAUCACAAAGGACUUUGAGAAGAUGAACCACUCCGUCGAUGCGGCGGUAAUUCUGAAUGAGUGGUUGGUUGAUGGCAAACAUUUCCCUGAAGCCUACAUGUCCGCGUCAUCCUGCAAGGCCGGGAAGGAGGACGAGAAUCGGCAGAAAAAGGAGUAG